GAAACCCGCGACUUUUAAGAAAACUUGAAGCUUAUCCAAUGACUAUCCCCACAUCAUGAUGUGAUGAGUCAAGAAUUUUGCCUCUGCGACAAACAAAUUAUAACCCAUUCCACAACUUCUUUUGCGACAUCGUAAACUUCAGAUAUUCUUUGUGAAAAGCAACCUGAUUGGGAAAGUCUCCUAAAAUGCCGUCCGCCGACGCAGAGCCCCUGCUCUGCAUCCGCUGCAAAACCUCUCCGGCGCUGCACGAUCUGCGCCAGGAGACCGUCUGCUCACAAUGCUACAAAUCCUACGUCUCUGUCAAGGUCGUCAAGCGGCUAGAGCUGCUGCAGCGCGAGACGCGCCUUGAGAGGGGCCUGCCCAAGACGCAGCGCUACCUCCUUGCGCUGUCGCCGGGCGGCCUGAGCUCGACGGCUUUGCUAAACAUCCUGUGGGAGAACGCGCGGCAGCAGCGCGAGCGGAAGAUCAAGGCGAGGUUCGAGCUGCUGGUGGCCGUGGUCGACACCAGCCUCGCGGACGCAUCAUUGUCGUCGUCAUCAUCAUCACCGCCGCCACCACCACAGGGGGGUGAUGCGGACGCGAGCAGCGCGCGCGGGGCGGCGACGGAUGCCGUGCUCGACGAGUACAGGGCCAGGUUCGAGGGCGUCGAGUUCGCGCGCGUCGGGCUCGAGGACGUGCUGGGCGCCGAGACGAUAGACUGGACGGCGCUGCCGGCCGCGGCGGGGGCCGCCUCCCUGCCGCCUCGCCAGCGGCUCGCGGCCCUCCUCGCGGGCCUGCCGUCGGUCUCGUCCCGGGCGGACGUCCUGCGGCUCCUGACACGCCACGUGCUGGUCCGCACCGCGCUGCGCGAGGCCUGCGACGUGCUGCUCCUGGGCUACAACACGACGUCGCUGGCGGAGCUGACGCUGGCGGAGACGGCCAAGGGCCGCGGGUUCGCGGUCCCCUGGGGCGUCAACGAUGGCGUGGCGACCCUGCCGCUGCGGGUUCAGCAGCAGCAAUCCUCGCCCGACGACGCUGCGCCCCGGUCCGUCACCAUGCCCAUCUACCACCCCCUGCGGGAGCUCUUCCGCAAGGAGAUCCAGCUCUACAGCACGCUGACCGCGCCGCCUCUGACUCCCCUCCUCUCGCCCGGGCCUGGGUCCGGCAGGGCUGGGUCGGCUGUGGUGUCGCACAAGGACUUGAGCAUCGACGACGUGAUGGCGCGGUAUUUCACCGAGGUGGAGGAGAACUAUCCCAGCGUCGUCGCCAACGUCGUACGGACCACGGGGAAGCUUAACCGGUCUGGGAACAGCGAGGGCGGAAGCUGUGGGCUCUGUGGUCUGGGUUUAGACGAGGCGGGCGAUGAGCGCUGGAGGGGAGAGCUCGGCGAGCAGAUGGAUGAAGGGAGGGAAGCGAGGGGACGGUUAUGCUACGGAUGCGAAAGAUCAGUAUAUGGGUAGCAUGGUGAUAUAGUCUAUUCGCAGGAGACUAGAAGAAUUCAAAAAGAGAUUUACGGUUAUUGGA